AUGUUUGCCAAAUCAAUAUCGUCGUUUUUCUUUGCUAGGACAUUAAACGCGACUGUUCCCAAGAUGAUGUCGUCCACAUGCAUUGAGGCGUUGUCCACUGAAGGCCGACGGGACUUUUACAACUCGUUUGACACCGUACUCACCGACUGCGAUGGUGUACUGUGGUUGCUGAACAACACGAUAAAGGGGGCCACAGAAGUGAUGAACGGCUUCAAGGCGGACAACAAGAAAGUGUUUUUUGUCACCAACAACAGCACUAAAUCGCACACUCAAUUUUUGGAGAAGUUUCAUGCACUGGGAUUCAAAGCCCUGGCCAACGAAGUGGUCAGCACUAGUUUCUUGGCCGCAAAAUAUUUGAAAGCCAAUCUUGAUCCAUCUAAGCAAGUGUACGUGGUCGGAUCCCCAGCUAUCGCAUGUGAACUAGAUGCACUAAAUAUAAGACACUUUGGUGUUGGCGAGGAUUAUUUAAAAACUUCUGUACCCACAUUUGUUGAAAACAUAAAGCUCGAACCCGACGUUGGUGCUGUGUUAGUUGGAUUUGACGAACAUCUUAGUUAUCCUAAACUGUUUAGAGCUGCAUCCUACUUGAAGGAUCAAAAUGUCCUGUUUGUGGCAACUAACACUGAUGAGAGUUUCCCAGUGGCUGGUACAGGUUUAGUUAUGCCUGGUACUGGUAGUCUGGUGUGUGCUGUCAAGACUUGUGCCGGACGAGAGCCAUUUGUUGUUGGCAAACCGUCAAGCUAUAUAUGCAAUGUCUUAACGGAAACAAAUAAAAUUGACCCUUCAAGGACAUUAAUGAUUGGUGACCGUUGCAACACUGAUAUACUGUUGGGUAAACGUUGUGGGUUUAAAACACUGUUGGUAUUAACUGGUGUUAACAGCCUGAAAGAUGUGGAAGAAUGGAGCAAAUCUGAUGAUCCUAAAUUACUGGAGUUAGUACCCGAUUAUUACGCUCAGAGUAUCGAUAGUUUAAGAGCGACAUUUCCAGUGCCAUUGUAA